AUGACCACGUCAAAGGACCCCAUUACCUGGGAACAGAGUAAACAUUAUAUCAAGACCGGUGAGUUGUACAAGUUGAUCCGGUCACCGGAAAUUACGGCCAAAUAUCGCAAGCAUAAAUCCGAGCUUGAAUCUAAAGGCCAAGAUUUGGUCUCCUUUAUCCUCACUUCCAGAUUACACUGGGAUGUGAAAGAAUUGAACCACUUUAAUAAUAUAGCUUUCGCCUCGGAUGAGGAUAAGAUUAAAACCUUGUUUAAGGAUAAGACUACGUUGAAGAUUCUUACGAAUGAUUACCCUUAUAAUCUCGAAGAUUCCAUAUCUCAUAUCUUGAUUUGGUCCAAAAUCUAUAUUCCGUUGUACCAGUCCAACGUGAACGCAUCAACAGAUGAUUCAGUCGUUAUGCAAUCAAUGAAUACAGAAGUGAAACAACUAAUCGAGAAGUUUUUGGACCAUUUGCUUAAACCAUUAGGUUUAACGGACUAUAUUUGGUUUAUCAAUUAUCCGAGAUUGCAAAGUAUAAAGACCGUCUCCCACAUACACGUCCUGAUCAAAUCCAAUGAUAAAGAUACAGUUCAGAGACUUGUAGAUGACGAUUCGUUACUAACCCCAUUACCCUCAGAGUGA